AUGGGCCUCCCAGAUGCCCUUCUACGUAGUGUUGGCCCUAUCAUGGGCCUCCCAGAUGCCCUUCUACGUAGUGUUGGCCCUAUCAUGGGCCUCCCAGAUGCCCUUCUACGUAGUGUUGGCCCUAUCAUGGGCCUCCCAGAUGCCCUUCUACGUAGUGUUGGCCCUAUCAUGGGCCUCCCAGAUGCCCUUCUACGUAGUGUUGGCCCUAUCAUGGGCCUCCCAGAUGCCCUUCUACGUAGUGUUGGCCCUAUCAUGGGCCUCCCAGAUGCCCUUCUACGUUGUGUUGGCCCUAUCAUGGGCCCCCCAGAUGCCCUUCUACGUAGUGUUGGCCCUAUCAUGGGCCUCCCAAAUGCCCUUCUACGUAGUGUUGGCCCUAUCAUGGGCCUCCCAAAUGCCCUUCUACGUAGUGUUGGCCCUAUCAUGGGCUUCCCAGAUGCCCUUCUACGUAGUGUUGGUCCUAUCGGCUGUAACUCGCCAGGCAGUUGGAACUAA